GAGGGAGAGAAGAGAACCCACAAACAAGUGGCGAAGUUUGUCUUCUUCACCCAAUUUCUACAAAGAAAACAUUUACAGCACAAGAUGAUUAUUGCCAACAGUUGCCAACACCAGAAAAUUACGAAUAGGAACAGCAAUAAAAGGGGAGACUAGAAAGAAAUAGCAGGAGAAGAAGAAGAAAUAAAACAAAAGAGUAAUCGAUGACGAAGGAAGGAUCAAGGAAGAAGGGGAGAGGGGGAAGGAUGGUGAUGAUAGUUGGAAGCCAAUCCAAAGCAUCAUUGCGAAUCUUGGGACGGACCCCUAGCCCACCAUCAUUUUAGAAGCCCUAGCAAAAGCCACAUAAUUGUCCCUCUCAUAACCCAUUAUGGUGAAGAAGAUAGGUUGGCCAAAAUGCCCUCAGUUGUUUCCUGCCAAAACCCCGAGAAAAUCAUCAUCAUUCCCACGACCAUCAUCAUACAACCAAAAUACAUUAAAAUCUUUUAGGCUCCUAAGCCCCUAUUAAGCCGCCUUCCAUGCUUACACAUGCAUGAUUGUUGUGUCAGAGAGAGGGGCAUGUCCCCCCACACCCCCAUGAGCCCUCUCUCUCUCAAUUUUUGCUCUUCUCCUGAUUUUUGCUCUAUAAAUUAACGGCCUAUUUGUUCUCUUUGUCCCUCACUUCUCUUCACUUUCACAGACUCUUCCUUGGUUUUUAUUUUUGUACUGCUGCUUCUAGUUAGAAACCAUAUUGCUUCCUCGACCGAGGUUCCUCUAACCAACCACCUUGAAAAGGGGCAUUGCAGGCAGAAUAGAAAGUCUUUAUCUUUCAUAACAAUGGAAAGGCUGAACUCAAAGCUGUACUUGCAGAACUGUUACAUAAUGAAAGAGAAUGAGAGGCUAAGGAAGAAAGCACAGCUUCUCAACCAGGAGAAUCAAGCGCUUCUCUCUGAGCUCAAACAAAAGCUCUCCAACGGAAAUCCAAAAACCAAUGCUACAGACAAUAUUCCUGACCUCAAUCUCAGCUCCAGCUCGAGCCAGAAUCCUUCCAGUUCCAGUAACUGAUCACGCAGGAUAUAUAUCAUUGACUCCACUUAGACUUCCUUGCUCUUUUUGUGUAAAACCAUGCUCAGCAGUCUUAGUUCCAGUCCCAGUUAAUAUAGGACAGUAGAAGUAUCUUUCUACCAAGGUCACUUUUGCUUUUAUUCCCCAUCUUUUAUCAUAUCUUCUUUUUUGGGGUGGUAAGAGAUUGAUUACUACUGAACUACAAGGAUGUAUCAGGCUAUUUUCUAGAAAGACAUAUAAUAUUAUCAUAUUUUUAGCUCU